UUGGCCCCUUCCCAAAGGCCAUGAAGUGCUACCAUUGCGGCCAACAGGUGAUGACAGUGACCAGUCAAAAGGCCGGCACCAUUACGUGGGCCCUGUGCUCCCUGUUGUGUAUAGUAGGAUGCUUUUGCGGCUGUUGUCUGAUACCAUUCUGCGCCAACCCUACCCAAGACAUAAUGCAUAACUGUCCUAGUUGUAAACAGUUUUUGGGCGCAUACGAGCGUAUUAAAUUUAGACGCGAACAGUAUGGCACAAUAGGUGCUGGCGUAGUGGGCAUUAACAUAACGGAUGCUCUUACAUCCAGUGACACUACGCCCAGCACCGACACACUAAAAGUCCAUUGUUUGGACCUUUUGGCGGCACUUGAGUGGGGAAUGCGAUCGCCGGACAACUACGACGAUCGUAGGACCAAUCGGGACAGUAAGAAGACUCCCUCACCCGCACACUACUCUGACAUUCUGGACUAUUGUUUUGGUUAA